GCGCAGGUCCUGACUCCAGCCGCACCUCCUCCGGCUCUGCAGUGGCGGCCAGAAGGCGAGCCGGAGCGCCUGCGGGGUCAGGCCUGAGCGGAGCCGGGGUCGGGGCAGCCGCGAGGACCCCCCUGGAGGCGGGGCCUGUGGGACCACGAUGGGCGUGGAGAUCGAGACCAUCUCCCCGGGAGACGGAAGGACAUUCCCCAAGAAGGGUCAGAUAUGCGUGGUGCACUACACAGGAAUGCUCCAAAAUGGCAAGAAAUUCGAUUCAUCCAGAGACAGAAACAAACCUUUCAAGUUCCGAAUUGGCAAGCAGGAAGUCAUCAAGGGUUUUGAAGAAGGCGCUGCCCAGAUGAGCUUGGGGCAGAGGGCGAAGCUGACCUGCACCCCUGAUGUGGCAUAUGGAGCUACGGGCCACCCCGGUGUCAUCCCUCCCAAUGCCACCCUCAUCUUUGACGUGGAGCUGCUGAACUUAGAGUGAAGGCAGGAAGGAACUCAAGGUGGCUGGAGACGGCUCCUGGUCUCUGUUCUAGCCUGCUCUACCACUGGGAUGGCUCCUCCUCUGUAGGGCUCUUGAUCAGUGUGAUCCCACCGCUUCUCUUCAUUAUCUGUUCUUUCUGCCCAACUUGCUUUGUAUGUGCCCACCAUUUAACUAUCCCCAUACCUCUUUGCUUGAAGGAACUUUAGUUACAGAGCCAAACAUUUCAGGCUGUACAAUUUGUAUGUUGCAUGUAGUAACCAUUCCUGAUCACAGGACACAGAUCUUGUUUGCACAAUCUAUAUUGCCUUAGCUGCACUUAAGCCGGACAUACAAGGUGCUCAGACAUGUACUGUACGUGGUCACACAGAGGGACUUGAGCCAGUUACCUUUGCUGUCACUUUCUUACCUUUUGUUGUCUGCUCACGUUAAGUAGUGCCCUCUCUGGAAACACGAUGUAAAAUAAAGGUUCCGCGCUUGGCAUCUUCCUGUC